AUGCCGGGAUUCGAGGCCUCAAACGCAGUUUCGGAUGCUCCACAGCCUGAAAGACCCCUUCCCAAAGCUCGCAAAUCCCUUCCACGCCGCCGAGAUGCCACCCAGAGCAUGCCCCCGAUAGAAAUCCCCCCGUCUGAGGGCGAUGUGGAGCAGUCCAACGGUGCUGCAGUCGUCACCCCGACUCUUCCUUUAACGCCUCCCAAGCAGAAGCAAGAGUACAACGCGAGUACCCCUGACUUGAAACCAUGUCCCGUCCCCCUCAACCAUGGUCUAACCGCCCAAACCGGGAGACCUCGUCAGUUCACUCCUCCUACUCCGGAUACAACUCCACCUCGCGCAAGAGACAGAACGCCGGGUGCCGUCCAGCCUUCUAUGUCGUCCCGGGCAGAGUCGUUCAAGACCGCCCAAGAGGGCUUGUCGUCCGACGAGGAACCCGAGAGCCGUAACCGGUCGGCUAGGCCGUCACCACGGAAGAAUUCACCCCUGGCGAACGGAAUUCGAGUGGAGGAAACAUAUACAUCUUCACAGGGGUCGCGAAAAGUGGAGCGGCAGCCAGUCUUUGACUCGUUUGAUGGGGAGUGGGUGCACAAUCAUGAAGGUGGAUCUGCCACAUCACGCUGUUUCAAGUCGCCCCGGCCACGUGGAAACCACGCCAAUGGGGACUUGAAACAGCGACCACAGUCUGACGCCUGCGACACGGGACAUCAGCAAUUAAACUGUUCUCUUACCCGGGGAAGGAGUCUGCGGGAUCGUGUGCAGGAGUCCCGAGACUCUUCUAUCAGCCCUUCGGUCAAAAAGUUUGGAGAAGACAUUUGCUGGUUCUUGCCGGAAGAGGAGCAACAGUUGAUGGACAGAGUCAACUCUUGGAGACUGUCUGGAUGUUCUACCACUUCGACUAUUGAAGCCAUGGUUAUCGAAUUGCCGCAACAGGCCAGACGAACGCUGCGACAUAGCGGAAAGAGGGCCUCCUUGCGAUCUGUGAGCUCGCCAAACCCCCCGUCGACUCGAACGUCUCUAGAGUCCAGUGCGGAGUCGCAGCGUCGUCUGGUGCGCAAGUCGGCUCGCAUCACCAACCGCGACCGUCGCAGCAUCUCUUCCAACAUGUCUGCGGCGAGCGUCACGUCGAGUCAGCUCCCGCAGAAGCUAGAAGUCAUCCCCGUCGUUGUGAUUCCAGAGCGACGUUCCUCGUUGAAAGCGUCGACUUCAAGCAGCCGGAACAACUCCAAAACUCGCUCGCAGGGUUCCGGUCGCCGGCCUACCACUGCACCCGAGGGCAGCAGGGGCACGAUGGAUAUGCCCAUGCGGCAGAGGAAGCGCACCAUGUCUGAUUCUAUGCCUUCUACGUCCGACAUAAACAGUCGAGGUCGGGGAUUUUUCCGGCCGCCGGUGCCACCUCGCAGUUCUUCUCUCUCGGCACCUACGAGCAGGAAUAAUUCCCGGUCUGCGUCGCUCACUUCGGAGAGCCUGCGAAUUCACACGGAGGCGAUGAUGCAGAAGCAGCAUAAUGAGCCGCCGUCCGAUCCCAACGCAUCUCCCAGGAUCGUUUUGUUUGAAGAUCGUCGAGGCUCGGAAGCUUUGGAACGGCAGUCUCAUCAGGAGGAUGAUGCUGAGCGACUCCGCGCUCCAUCACUUCACUUCACGCAGGCGUCAGUCGUUUCGUCAUCUCCGGGACCAGUAGAGAUAAAUGAGGCCACUGCUGUGACUUUCUUCCCCCACAACAACGAGUCUGUACUGUUGAUUGACCCGAAACAGCAGCCGGAGUCUCGCGCUGUGCAAGCUCUGCGGGGACGACCGCUAGACGCGCCUGUCGAUGCGGAGACUCCAAAGCAGUCCCCAACCCCGGCCACUGUUGAUUCACCGCUUAAGAAUCCUCGCCCGCCGCCGGAUCCACCGGCAUUCAAGGUCACCCCUCCGACGCCGAUGGACGAAGCGGACUGUCAGUUGGGGGCGGAGGAGCAGGCGAGAAGUAGCCGCCUGAGUCGGCGGUUGGGCUCUGUUCGACGUGCCUUGAGCGCGCGUCGUCAGUCGGCCUGGUCUGCUUCGAGAGCAGCAACCAACCGGACGGCGGGGAAAGACAUGGAUAGCCGGUUGCAUCCAUUUUGGCGGCCGCGUGGCUUCUGGGAUGAUUUCAAGUCGGAUGACGAGGGCGAUGGUCCUGAGCGGGAGGGUGAGGGCGAGCAGAAAGAUGACCGGAAAGAUGACCGGAAGGACGGCCAGCAGGAGGAUAAUCGGCAGGAGGAUGAGUUUGUGAGCAACUCGUUGGGCUUGCCUCAGAAACGGGUAAUUUUCAGCGGACCGAUUUCGCUGGCUCGUCGGAUGUCCAAGAGGUCCCGCGGACAUCGCUCCAGUCAAGGUAACGUUGGAAGGAGUCUGAGCUGUGGAAUCAUGCGCCCACUCUCGCCGUAUCAGCGUCGUGUACGGUUUGCCUCGCGGUGGGGGAUGCACGUGCCAUUGACGACGCUUCGGAACCUGCAGCGGCGGGUUCGACGGGCGCGACAGCUCCGGCAGGAGGAGAAAUGGGAGGCGCGACGGGCCAAGUUGAAGCAGAGCAUUGGUGAGAAGACGCCGAUCGAUCCGUUUUCGGUGGUGGGACCCUACGAUCCGAUAUUGCGGACGGAGGUAUCUGACAAUGACAAGUCGAUGGAGGCAGCCGUAUCUGAUAAUGACAAAAUGAUGUCUGGGGGUCUCACCCCAUGA